CGCCAUUUUGUCCGUUUAUACCAGCAGGCCGGGAACGUCGUCGACCAGUGCUCUUGUAUGAAAUCAAGUUUUAAACAGUCAAAUCCAUAGAACUGGUAAUUUCUAUGAUUUAUUUGUAUCGAUUGUAUAUUUAACAUGAUUAUUUCUUAGGCGUAACUGUUCCUUGAGUUUGUUAGUUAAGUAACUUGCAGCGCUUGCUGGGUUAGCUUAUGUAGCUUGAUAGCUAGGCUAGCUAGCUGCUGGUAUCGUUGAGACGAUUCAAGGUAAACAAUAUUUUAUUUGUUUAACCGAUUGCUCGUCUUAAUAUCUGAUAUCGGACCUGGACACAAGUGUUUCAUCGUGAUGUGCCUCGACUUCAGCCAAGCCAAGAAGGGCCUGUCAGCGAGCGGUUGCUUUGUUAAAUGCAGAUGCAUAUAGCGUUAGCUAACCUAGCUAAGUUAACGAAUUUAGCCGUUGUGUAACAGGCCCAAAUCAACACGAAAACACUAAACUGUUAAUAAUGUGUUAAUUUUAUGGUCAACAUUUAUUCAUUUUUCAUUCAUGUUUGUGAUCCCAGAACCUUACUGUUUGUCUUAAACGCAUUUAAAGAUAACUACAUAACCUAGGUUACUUCUCCAGUUAAUUCUGUCGUUUUGCUUGGAGUAUUUUACUACGUCUGUACAAGUAAAUGAGGGUAGUUAGCUAAUUCAAAUUAGAAAGUUUUGUUUAAUUAAACCAGUUAUGAAACGUUAACAUAGAAAACAUUGCAGUCGUUUGAGACAUUUUUGUUUCAUUUCCACUGUUGCUGUUGAUAGCGCAGACUAAUCAUGACUGGCGUUUUACAUAGCCGUUUAGUUUCAUUUAGUUUUCUGAAAAUGUUUCAUCACAUUUCAUCAGAUUUUAAAACUUGAUACUUAAUCGUUAUUACGUUUGUGACCACGCUUUAUUUGUCCAGUACGUUGUACGUGUCUCUGGGCUCCGUGUCAUCAGACGGCUAAACAUGCUUGAAUUAGAAUUCCGUUUUGAAAAGAGCAUUACUUCCUUUUGAUUGAUCACGAAAACUUCAAGUCUGGUAAAUCCGAAUGUACCAUACAUUGUUGUGAACCUAACAGUGUCUCAUUGUGUGCGUAAUUUGUAUCUUUACGGCUCUCUUGAGUGCUGUGCUCACUAAUAUAUCUAAUAUCACUAAUAUCUGACAUGAUGUUUUAUGCUUUCCUCACUCAUUUACCCGCUUUGUACAGUAUGUGGGGAGUGUUUUUUGUUUUCUUUUUAAAUGUAGGUUGUGCAUCAAGUUGUUCUUCAGUCCCGGAGAAAACUGGAUUUUGGAUGCAGGCCAGCUUAAAGGGAAAUAUUAUCCCUGAAGAAUACAAUCUUUCAGCCCCACAUGCAUUUUUUUUUUCACAUUGGGCUUUUUAUCUUCUCAAAGGUCUGCUGCAAUUUCCAAUUCUACUUCGUUUAAAUUUUCACUUUUCUUCAAAUUACCACCCUGUGUGAAGAUUUAGAAGACCCCCCCACCUCCCCAAACACACCCCUCACUCACCCUCAAGAUUUUCGGUCUCGUUCUCCUUGGCUUCCAUCUGCAACUUCUAGUUUGAAGAUAUUCGUGCCCCAAACCAAACCCCUUCCAUACUUUCUACAUCUGUCUUUGGUGAGGAAACAAAAAGAGAAAGGAAAUAAAGGAGAAAGAAAAAAAAAACCAAAGGACUGUUUCAUCACCGAUCACUUGUUACAAAGCAGUCUUAAUGGGAGCAGGUCUCAGAGAAGGAAACCUAGGCCACAAGUAGCCUGUCUCUCAUCCUGUUCAAUAUUUACUCAUCGGUCAAGUGUUCCUUCAGGAUCUAAACAGCUUGGAGCCAACCCUCAAGACGUGCACCUGGAAACGUCUUCUCCACUGCAGUAGGGAGACUUCUGAGGGCCCUGUAGAAGCACUGAAGAGUUCCUGACCUGCAAUAUUCCCUGGCUGUGACGAGCAUGACCAACAAAGGAGAUGACUGCUACUUCUACUACUACUCAACAUGCACAAAGGGUGAUAGUUGCCCUUUCAGACACUGUGAUGCUGCCAUGGGUAGCGAGAUUAUGUGCAGCCUUUGGCAGGAGAACCGUUGUUUCCGCAGUGUAUGCAAGUUUCGCCACAUGGAAAUAAAAAAAAACCGCAAAGAAAUCCCUUGUUAUUGGGAAACCCAACCAGGUGGCUGUCAAAAACCACAUUGUGCUUUCCAUCAUGAGAAGCCACGUAUGAUUGAUGGGCUGUAUGUACCCCCAGACAAAGGGCCAGCUGUAAGAAAAGAAAAAGAUGAGGAGACUCCACAGGAGGACCAUGUUCUAUCUGCUCCGGCCCCCAUUUCCAACCCCACCAACCCUCAGCUAAGAGGUGUCAUUAAGUCGGAGACUCAGGAGAGUGUCCCCAGUCCUACACAUCCACCAGUAGUCAUUAAUCCUGUGGAUGAUGAGGAUGAUGAAGAUGAUCAAGUCUCUGAAGAGGGAGAUGAAGCUUCCAGUGUGUCUCCAAGGAAACUUAUGAGCUCUAGCAAAGAUGAUUCUCUCAACUUUGGUAUCAAUACUUUGGAGGAGAUCAGGUUAAGGAAAGCUCUGAAGGCCAAUCUAAAAAGAGCUGGCUAUCCCAGUAGCAACGGAGGUGGCACAGAGAAGGAAAAUAUUCAGUCUCUCACACAGCUGGCUUCUCUUGCUACCAAGAGUGAGUCUUCUGUGUUGGAGGACCCUGGAAAAAAGAAAGUCACUGACAGGCUUGGUAAAAGACUUAACAGAGACAUCCAUGUGGAAGGUGACCUUUGUCUGAAAACGAGCCUUGCUAAGCGUCUUGGUGGGUUUGUAGACUCACCUCAGAACAACCCAGAUAUGCCUCCUCAGAAAGCUGUAAAACCUGUGCGUGAAAGACUUGGAACAGCCCCUGAUGUCACUGCACCCAAGUCGCCUAACGCUGAACCAAAGCCAUCUGGGGAGAUCCGGAUCAAAACUCUCGAAGAGAUACGGAAAGAGAAGGCUACCAAGUCCCAAUUGCAGCAUAAAGGUGUCAGAGUUGUCAUGGAGGUGCCAGUAAAAACAUUAAACUCCACCAAAAAGGGGAACAGGCCUGUGAGUGGACCUCAAGUAAAGACCUUCUCUGAGAUCCUGCAUGAGAAGAAAAAGCUGCAGGAGGAUAAGGGGGUGUCUCAGCAAGGUAGUUCCAGCCCAGAGAGAAGUGAAGGCCUUGAAAAUACUGUAGCAGUUAAAGUAGCUGCUCAGUCAGGAGAGGUCAGAGUGAAGACCCUUGAUGAGAUUCGCAAGGAAAAAGCUGCAAGGAUGCAAGCACAGGCCCAGGAGACCUCAAGUGACAGCACCCUUAGUUCUAAUGAUGUGGUUGUGAAGAGGCGAAUUCUUCGCAUCAGCAAGAACACAUCAGUCACGUCAACCGUUCCCCUGAAGAAAUCACAAGAUUCUGAGAAGAAAGUGGAUUGUGCUGCAGAGUCUGCCAAUGGAAAAAGUGACCCAUCGAGCCAAGGUGUUACAGUAAAGUCCUUUGACGAGAUCAUGCGAGAGAAAAAACUUCGCAAGCAGCAGGAGAAUCAGGCCAUAUCUACCAGCCAGCCAACUCCAGCACUCUCUGAGGAGAAGACUCCUAUUGUAAUCAGAUCGCGCAUAACUGGACCUGCAGCAACCCCACCGCCCACGGAGUCCUCAGACCAAGCAAAGCCUUCUGCGCGACAGCGUCUUGGCAUGAAAUCCCAGACCUCCUCUCCUGUGCCUGUGGUAAUACCAGAGAGGAUGUCUCCAGAGGUGCAGGCCAAGGAGAACUCUCUCGCCCCAAGUCCAAAGAAACUGAACCUGUCACCUACAGUAGCUCCUCAUAGGCAAGCGGCAGAAGUGGCGAUUUCUCCAGGCUCCAGCUCGCAGGAGCCACAAAUGGAGAAGAAUCAAGAAGCCACCAAAAUGUCCCCAAGCAAAGUCAUGGAAAUGAAAGUGAGGCCCAAGUUGAAUGUGAAACCUUCUGUGAUGAAGCCAGCUGCUCAGGUAAAACUUGGCCAGAAGAGGAAAGCUGCAGGGAGUCAUUGCUCUGCGGUUGCUGCAGUGAAACCUCUUAACGCUGUCCCAGCACCUGAAAUUGAGCCACCCUGCAAGCGCAUUGAGUCGACUGCUACAGUCUGCAGUGCAGAAGUUGGUGCUGGUACCCAACAAAUCUCAUCCCUUGUGGAAGAUGUCAUAGGCCUUCCUAGCAAAACUACAUCGCCAGUUACUGAGACCCUCUCUGUCCCCCAAAGUCCUGUCGUUAAAACACUGACCCUGUCUCGGGCACGUCGGCAGAGUUUGGUUUCUGCUCGGGCUGCUACUAAUCCAGGAAGCUCCUCCACGGUGGAUGACUUCGAGGACCUGCUAGAUGAAUUCACUGAUGACAAGUUGGAGGAUGAGAUGGAGCUAGACCCUGGCAAAGGCGAGGAUGAUCUCCUGCUAGAGCUCUCAGAAAUGAUUGACGGCUAGGCCUGAGCUCAGGAAAUCAUGGAAUUACGUCAAGCUCUGUACACCCCAGCCCUAAUCCACUGCCACCUAAGAUAUAAUGGACUGUAAACUUUUAAAGUAGUUUGACUUAUUAAUGAGCUUAUCAUGAUUUAACUUUAUUUUAAAGUUUAAAAAAAGUUUUAGUUCAAAAUUUGGAUCUGUUUUCUUUACUAUUUAGAUUAUUUUUAAUGUUUAAAUUGAAAUGUUAUAUUAAAUUUCUGCAUAUUCAGUAUGUUCACUAUCAAUGGCUUGUGUGAAGAUGGAGAAAUUCAGAAAAUUUUAAGAAAUUGUUCAAGCCAUCACAAGACAUCCUCAGGAGCCUGGCUUGUACUUAACUAGAUGGACUGUAUGAGGACUUGUUGCAAAUUAUGUAUUGUUGAUGCAGAAAGUUUUAUCUUGUAUACUGUGUAUGCUUUGGAGAGCUUUGUGUGAAAGAGAUUUAGAGGGCCAGGAAGGCAAAUCAUGUCUUUAAUUGAUGCUCUCUUUUUUUUUUUCUUUUUUUUUUUUUGUACAUUUUCACAAUUUAGUUUGCUGAAUAUUUUUCAGGAAUGGACAGAGCCAUGUUAUGACAUCAUAUGUGUAGCCAGUCAGUGGAUGGUGUUGAAACAGUUUCAUGAAAUGUAUGUGCUGAAACAAAUCAGUUGAAUUUUUUUUUUUUUUUUUUUUUUUUUUUUUUUUUUUCCCUUUUCCCAGCAGUUGGAUGUUGAUCAGUUCUGUAAUACCCCAUUGCAUGAUUCUUUUUGGGCUACAUCAAGCUGUUUACUUGGGACCACUUAGCUGCAUUUCCUCUCCAAGUAAUUCGGGUGAAAUCGUAUGCCCACUUCAUUCUGGUGUUACCUUAAUGUGAAAAGGUUGGUUCUCAGGGACUGUUUCAGCACUUUUAACCAGUGUGGGUUAAAUGUUUUCCCCUUUUUUGUCAGAAAUCUUGUCUUUAAUUUGUCACCGUUUCCUUUUUUGCUGUCUGUUCAGAACUAGAUGUAGGUUCAUAUAAUUUGUCAGAUUCUGCACCAGGUUUUGCUUAAUUCCAUUUAUGUCAAUCUCUUUGUAAAUAAAAUACCUUUAUGAAAAAAGGUGUUCCAUAUUUAA